AUGUCAGACAAUUCCGGAAAUACCAUUUGCAAUGCUUGCGGACUUUACUACAGACUUCACGGGGUUUAUAGACCUGUCAGGUUGAAGAAGGGAAUCAUUAAGAGGAGAAAAAGGAAUAGAAACAAGAGUUCAGAAGAGGAGUUAGAGCAAACAAGUCUACAAUCUACAGAACUUCCCGAAAAGUUCACAUCACGUGAUAGCGAGCACAUGAUAUCUCCAUACACACCGAGAACUAUGGCGGUGGACUUCACCAAGAGUUUUCAAGAACCUAGAAAAGUGAUGAAGGUUGAGUCGUUGUUGAACGAGGAAGAACAAGCUGAGAGGCCGAGACGAUAA